GGUAGACCCAUAUCAAAUUAUCCUGGCGGGUGUUAGCAUUCCGCUGAUGUUGUUGUCCUGUCUUGUUUUCUUUGUUGUAGCUCCAGAGGUCUCCUCACCUGGGGGCAGCUGGGGUGGUGCCUUCAGCAAGCUGCAUGCUGGCUCACUCUCACUAGAAUGCGUGUGGUUUCCUCMGGGUUCCAGCAGUUCUAGUAGUUCAGUAGUAAGACUCCUGAGCCUCACUUGAUUCUAGAAUCUAAAGAAGACACCCUGGAGUAUCAGAGUGUYGACCUGAAAUCUGCCUCAGCUCUCCAGGAAGUGGCACCAAGACACUGGCCUUCCCCGAGAGCUUUAGAGAUGUGCACCGGAGGCAGCCGGGUUCCUGGGUCUUCCUUUGUUCUCUGCRUGUGUGGGUCUGCUUCUUCCUGGAGCCCUGUUUCUGCACUCUCAGGCUGGACGGUGUCUGUGCUGUGCUGAGGGACGGGGCCUCUGGAAGGCCUGGGCCGAGAAGUYGAUGCCGGAGCACAGCGCGGCUGCCAUCGCCUCUCACGUGGACUCCCGAGGCCUGGGACCUCCGUCUYGGGGAAGUCUUUUCAGCAGAUCCUGGAGGGCGUGUGGGUGCCUGGGAAGCUCGUGUCCUUACGGGCCAUCGGGGAAAGAGCUUGGCCCUGUGCACAGCUGUCUGCCACAGGGUUGACUGUGGCCUUCUGCUCUCAAGAUGGCUUGGGACUUCAGGAAGUGCUGGUCCUCUCCUGUCCCCCUCUCUAAGGAAGGUUCAGUUGAGGGCAGAAACCACUAAUAGUAGCCUCUUGCAAGUGCAACUGGAAUGCAGUUUACAUAAUAAAGUGUGUCAGCAAUUAAAGAAUUGUUAUCUGGAGUCUGAUGAUGUUUUGCACUUACGAAUGAACGUAAUUGUAACAAUGGAAAAUUCCUCAAAAGAAUUUGAAGAAAACACACAAGAUUUGUUAGAUCAUCUCUCUAUUGUUUAUGUAGCAACAGAUAAAUCUGAGACCUCAGACGAAUCAGCAGUAAAUAUGUAUAUAUUACAUUCAGGAAACAGCCUUUUAUGGAUACAGGAUGUACAUCAUUUCUCACAGAGAGAUGCUCUGUCUCUUCAGUUUGAACCAGUCCUGCUGCCUACUUCUACAACAAACUUUACAAAGAUCGCCUCUUUUAGUUGCAAAGCAGCUAUGUCCUGUGGCAGUGGGAUGAUAGAAGAUGUGAAGAAAUCAAAAAUCACCCCAACACUAGAAGCAUGCCUCUCCUCUCCGGUGGUGCAGGGGUAUUUCAGAGUGGACCCUUCUGCAGCCCAGUUUCAUGUGGAGAGUCACGAGAACACAUCAGGAGUGUGGUCAAUAUGGUACCUCAACCAUUUUGACCGUAACAUUGUGUUAAAGGAUGUGUUUGUUUCCAAGGAGGCUAGGCACAUUUUAAAGAUUCUGAAUUUCACUGGCCCUUUAUUUCUACCUCCAGGCUGUUGGAAUAUAUUUUCUUUGAAACUUGCUGUUAAAGACAUUGGCAUAAAUCUAUUCACCAAUGUAUUUUUGACUACAAACAUAGGUGCCAUUUUUGCAAUACCUCUACAGAUUUUCUCAGCACCAACCAAGGAAGGGAGUCUGGGUUUUGAAGUGAUAGCACAUUGUGGCAUGCAUUAUUUCAUGGGAAAAUCAAAAGCAGAAAACCCUAAUUGGGAUGGGGCCCUUUCUCUGGAUUGGUCUACCUGGGAUGUGGAUUUGGAACUUGCAAAUAACUUGUAUGAAAGUUGGAAGAAACACAAGAGUGGCAGAGUCUGCAGGAGGAACGUUUUAGGAAUGAUGCGUUUCGCCCACUCGAAGAAACCCAAGGAGUCAGAGUCCUUUGUUUCCGUUUUGCCUCGUUUGGUUGCGGAGCCUGGCCUUGUGUUAAACUUCAGCGCCACUGCCCUGAGGAACAGUGUGGUGAAGUACUUUAUGGUGAGGAACCCCUCCUCRCUGCCAGUCUCCCUGCAGCUCCUGCCUCUCUCCUUGUACCCGAAACCCGAAGCCGCGGCACGCCUGCUGCACAAAUGGUUUGGCACUGAUAUGCAGACGAUUAAUUUCACAACUGGUGAAUUCCAGCUCACCAAAGCUUGCUCUUACCGGGGUGUGCAUUCUGAGGAACCCAGGUCUGGCACCCUCCACUUGCACUUGCAGCCUUUGGAAAUGAAAAGGGUUGGUGUAGUCUUCACCCCGGCUGACUAUGGAAAAGUUACCUCACUCAUACUGAUCCGGAAUAACUUGACUGUUAUUGACAUAAUYGGUGUGGAAGGAUUCGGAGCAAGAGAACUACUGAAAGUGGGUGGAAGGCUUCCUGGUGCAGGGGGUUCACUUCGAUUUAAGGUGCCUGAGUCCACGCUGAUGGACUGUCGCCGACAACUUAAAGACAGCAAGCAGAUUUUAUCUAUUACAAAGAACUUUAAAGUYGAGAAUAUCGGGCCUCUUCCUAUAACUGUGUCUUCACUGAAAAUCAAUGGAUAUAAUUGUCAAGGUUAUGGCUUCGAAGUGCUAGACUGUCAUCAGUUUUCCCUGAACCCAAACACAUCCCGUGAUAUCAGCAUUGUGUUUACGCCGGACUUUACCUCUUCCUGGGUCAUUCGUGAGCUGACACUUGUAACUGCAGCAGACUUGGAAUUCCACUUUACUCUCAAUGUGACCCUGCCCCAUCACCUCUUGCCCUUGUGUGCAGAUGUGGUUCCAGGACCCAGCUGGGAAGAGUCAUUUUGGAGGCUCACGGUCUUCUUUGUCAGUUUGUCUCUGUUAGGUGUGAUUUUAAUAGCCUUCCAGCAAGCACAGUACAUUCUUAUGGAAUUCAUGAAAACAAGACAGAGGCAAAAUGCCAGCUCCUCCUCACAGCAGAACAACGGGCCAGUGGAUGUAAUCAGCUCCCAUUCUCACAAAAGCAAUUGCAAAAACUUUCUCGACACGUACGGCCCUUCUGAUAAAGGCAGAGGGAAAAGCUGCCUUCCAGUGAGCACCCCGCCCAACAGGGUCCAGAAUGCUGCCAAGAGGAGCCCGGCCACCUACGGUCACUCUCAGAAGAAGCAUAAGUGCUCAGUGUACUACAGUAAACACAAAACCAGCGCGUCCCUGGCCAGCAGUGCCAGCACUGCUACUGAGGAGAAACAGACUUUGUCCCUGGGUGGCUCCCUGUCUGCUGCUAAAGAGGACAUUUGCACCGAUGUCAUGGGUGAGAACUGGGUYAGCCUCAACUAUGCAAAUGGCAUGAGUGUCAACCUGCAGAAGAAUUUAACCCUCCCCAAAAACUUAUUGAAUAAAGAGGAAAACACACUGAAAAACACAAUUGUUGUCAAUAAUACUUCUUCAGAAUGUAGUCUGAAGGAGGGAAUACAGACAUGUAUGUUUCCUAAGGAAACUGACAUUAAAACUUCAGAGAACAUAGUCGAGCUCAAGGAACGAGAGCUCUGUCCCCUGAAGACCGCUAAGAAACUACCUGAGAAUCCUUUGCCAAGAAACUCACCUCAGUUCCACCAGUCAGACUUGCCAGAAAUGUCCAAGAAGCAUAAUGGGAAUGACCAGCAAGUGCCUGUCAAGAAUGAAGUAGACAGUUGUGAAACUUUGAAAAAGGUCGACACAAAGUCACCUUCAGAAAAGAAGAUUCACAAAGCUUCUAAAGAAGACGUAUGUUCUGAGAAACAGGACAUGCCUUCAGUGGAGCAAGAGGAUCCUUUCAGGAAGAAGAAGCUUCAGGAGAAAAGAGACGGAAAUGUGCAAAAUCUGAAUUGGAAUAAAAAUCGAACRUGUAGAAAGAACAAGAAGAGGGGUGUCACCCAGGCCUCGAGGUCUUCUGAACAGAGUGAACUGAAGCUUGUGUGCAGUGAUUUUGAGAGGUCUGAGCUGGGCAGUGGCACUGAUGUGAGGAGCUGGUGUAUACAGGAGAGCCCUGGGGAGAGUUGUAAAGCAGAUGCAGAAACKGCAAGCAGUUCACCUGCUGCACAGAGAGAGGCAGACAGUUACCUCCAGAAGCCCGWGAAGAAGUGUGCAGACAAGUUCUGCUCGGAUUCCAGCUCUGACUGUGGAAGCUCCUCGGGCAGCGUCCGUGCCAGCCGGGGCAGCUGGGGCAGCUGGAGCAGCAGCGGCAGCUCCGAUGGUGACAGGAAGCCCGUGGUGGACCCGCAGCACUUCCUGCCAGCCGGAGACAGUGUUUCCCAAAACGACUUUUCUUCUGAAACUCCUAUSUCCUUGAACCUUUCUCAUCACAUCUGCAAUCCCACAGACGUGAGUAACGUCCCACAGUACCCAGAGCCCUCCCAGCCCGGCCUUCCUGCUGGAUCUGCAGGUGCUGAAGAAGACAAAGGUCUGUACCCACCCGGAGACCUGUGGCCCCCACAGCCAGUGUGUCUGACAAACAGCCUGAGCUGCGCUUUGGAGAACAGGGCACCCGGAGUGCUGCAGGAGCCCGCCCCGGUCCACAGCAGCAGUUUCAUCGACUGGAGCGCGACCUGCGAGGGCCAGUUUCCCAGUGUGUACUGCCCKUUGGAACUGAACGAUUACAAUGCCUUUCCAGAAGAAAACAUGAAUUAUGCCAACGGCUUUCCUUGUCCUGCAGAAGUUCAGACCAGUUUUAUCGAUCACAAUUCUCAGUCGACCUGGAACACCCCACCCAACAUGCCUUCCGCCUGGGGACACGCCAGUUACGUCAACUCUCCGCCCUACCUCACCAGCACCCGAAGCUUGUCUCCAAUGUCUGGACUUUUUGGUUCUAUCUGGGCCCCGCAGAGCGAUGUGUAUGACAGUUGUUGCCCGGUCAGCCCCAGCCCAGAACACUCRGCCCACAUGGAAAGCCAGGCGGUCGUGUGCAAGGAGUACUACCCAGGGUUCAACCCGUUCCGUGCCUACAUGAACCUGGACAUAUGGACUUCCACAGCAAAUCGGAACGCCAACUUCCCACUGUCCAGAGACUCGAGUUACUGUGGGAAUGUGUGAAAAGAAUUGGAUUUUUAAACAA